AUGCCAAAGUCAGACAAGGAAUAUAGAGAGCAAAGAGAGUUAGUAGAGAAGGAGAAUCAAGAAUCAAAUGAUGAGAUAUAUGAGAAAUUUACAUGGAAGAUUGACAACUUCUCUCGCUUAACCAACAAAGUUUACCACGAGCAUUUUGUCCUAGCUGGCUAUCCUUGGAGAGUUAAUCUGUAUCCAUUGGGGAUCCAUGUAGUGAAAUCCUUAUCAAUUUAUUUGGAGGCUAUGCAAACUGCCAAUAUGUCUCAGGGAUGGAGCAGAGAUGUCAAAUUUAAGUUGAUUGUAUUUGAUCAACUUAAUACCAACAGAACAAUCACAAAAGAUUUUGAUCAUGAGUUCAAUGCAAAAGUGAAUGAUAAGGGCUCAAAAUCUUUCAUGACGUUAACUGAGCUUCAUAAUCCUAACAAUGGAUUUCUUGUGAAGGAUACUUGUAUUAUUGGUGUAGAAGUUUUUGUUCGUAAAUCAACACAUGAGAAACGAGUAAACCAAACGGUUAACUUAACUACAUCCCUUGAAAGUCAUCAAACUGGGCAUAUGGAAGUGGAAACACAUUCACCAUUCAGAGAUGCUGAUGAUGCAGAGUUGGUGUUUACUCUGUUGGGGAGAGUUCUUCAUUUCCUAAACAUUAGAAAAGUGAAAGACAUGAAUGAACAAGCUUGUAAGGAACUUCAAGAUUUAUGGGAUGAACUUGUGGAAUUUAGAUAUGAUCUUACUUGGCUCGAGCCACGUGUUCAAUCGGCUUUGGGAAUGAAAAGUUACGUCGAGAGAGCUAUGGAAGUAGAAAAGCUGAAAGAGAAUGUGGUAGUUCUAAAGCUGGAAACAGAGAGGCUAGAGGCAAAGUUGGUUGCUGCUGAGGUAAAUCUUGAAGUUGAAAGAGAAUUGUUGAAAGAAAAAGGAUUCAAGGAAAUGGAUUUAGAUUCUAAAUUGGGAUGUGGGAGUUGGAGACCAUAG